AUGAACAACCCGCUAGAGGAAGGCGCCAAUCAAAGGGAUGGUCACUUGAUAAAUGAUGAAGACCUUGUGCAGGUACGGGAAGAGGUGAUUGAUCGGCAAGGACCCUAUAUUGUGCGUCGUGAGGUUCCAUUCUUGGGUUGGAAUUCUGGCGUGGACCAAGAAGACCUGCUGGAUAAAAAUAAUCUGAAGAUCCAUAAUCUGUGUGGUGUGAUGCAUCCUCGAUUGAUCCAGUUCUGUUCUCUCUACCGCAAGGUUGAACAUGAUGUGGGAGACUUUUGGGGUGUCGACUUUUAUGACAUCAUGCCCAAAGAGGAGUGCAAAUCUAUGGUGUUGAAACCUCUGGUUGACUGGAUAUCUGAAACAUCUAUCCAUAUGAGGCACAAUACUCAAGGAUACUAUGGGAUCAAGUACUCGAAGCUACCCGAUGAAGACAUCCAAGGUGAGAGGUGGUAUUGUCACUGGUUGGAACGUUAA